UUGAGCACAGGGAGAAGAGUUGGGGCAAGUGUGUAUGUGUGUGUGAGUGAGUGCGAGCGUGCGUUUGUUUCACUCCUUUACGUGGGCAUUAGGCAACAGCUGGAUUACUCCGAGGCGUCACCAAUGGAGGAGCCACGUCUGCCGGCGCAGCAGGUUGAUGAAGUGUUUCUCUGGGCGUGCCCUGCCCACGGAGCGGACUGCUGAGGAUGACCCUGGAGCUCCAGCCCACCAGAAGCAACAUGAACCUGGUCAGCGAGGACGCGAGUGACACCAUGGACAACCUGGACACCCGAGAGCUGGACUUCGGGGAUGAGGAAGAGGUUGACUUACCCCACACAGGAGACUCCUGCAUCCCCUUCUCAGCCGUGUACCAGACCGUGGGCUUCAAGGAGACCGAGGCCAAGAUCUACCUGGUGGCCACGCCCAUCACCGCCAAGAUCCUGGAGGUGGAGCGCACCGCCGCCGCACACGACCGCUUCACCCAGAGGGGCAACUCCAAGAUGCCAGCGGUGUUUAAGAUUGAGCUGCGGCAUGGCACCUUCACCUGGGAGGUGAAGCGGAAGGAGAAGCACUUCAUGGAGCUGCACAGGGAGUUGCUGCGCUACAAGACUCUCAUGAGGAUCCCCCUACCCUCCCGCAGUCACACGGUGAGGAGGAAGAGCAUCAGGAGGAGCGAGGCGAGGCAGAUGCCCAACCUGCCACGAGGAGGGGACGACCUGGCCAGAGAGGAGCAGGUGUCCAGCCGGAGGAGACAACUGGAAGACUAUCUGAACAAGCUGCUGAGAAUGGCCAUGUACAGAAAGUACCACGCCACAAUGGAGUUUAUCGAUGUGAGCCAGAUGUCCUUCAUUCAUGACUUGGGACCAAAAGGCUUAGAGGGGAUGAUCCAGAAAAGGUCUGGCGGGCAUCGCAUCCCAGGAAUGAACUGCUGCGGUCAGGGCAAGGUCGGCUACCGCUGGUCAAAAAGGUGGCUGGUGGUGAAGGACUCCUUCCUGCUGUACAUGAAGCCGGACACUGGAGCCAUCUCCUUUGUGCUCCUGUUUGACAAGGAGUUCACGGUCAAGAUGGACUCCAAGGAGACGGAGACGCGCCACGGGGUGCGGAUCGACAGCCUCAGCAGGGCACUGGUGAUUAAAUGUACUAGUUACCGGCUUGCACGCUGGUGGGGGCAGUCCAUUGAGGACUUUGCGCGGAAGCACGGCAGGGCCUUCCUCAGGGACCAUCGCUUUGAGUCUUUCGCCAGAGAGGAGGAGAACAUCCCAGCCAAAUGGUAUGUCAAUGGGAAAACCUACAUGGAGGACCUAGCCAAUGCUAUGGAGGAGGCCAGAGAGGAGAUCUUCAUCACUGACUGGUGGCUGAGUCCGGAGAUCUUCCUGAAGCGGCCGGUGGUGGAGGGCAAUCACUGGCGAUUAGACUGCAUCCUCAGGCGCAAGGCACAACAAGGAGUGAAGAUCUUUGUCAUGCUGUACAAGGAAGUGGAGCUGGCACUGGGCAUCAACAGUGGAUAUAGCAAGCGGACACUUAUGCACCUACACCCUAACAUCAAGGUGAUGAGACAUCCUGAUCAUGUCUCGUCCUCUGUCUAUCUCUGGGCACAUCAUGAGAAAAUUGUUGUCAUUGACCAAUCUGUGGGCUUCGUCGGGGGGAUUGACCUGGCCUACGGUCGCUGGGACGACAAGGACCAUCGACUGACCGACGUAGGGAGUGUCACCCGAGCUGUCUCCGCAGCACUGGAACAGCCCGCAGACGCGCCUGACCACAGGACAGCCCCCGCAGGCGACGCGGGACAGAGCAACGGGCGCUCGGACGGCGGAGGGGGAAAGCUGGACGUGAAGGACCAGCCCAAGAUCAAGGGCGUGGGGCGCACGCGCAAGAGCCGCUUCAGCCUCUACCGACACCUCCACCGUCACCAUGCCGACAGCGUGGACAGUGUGGACAGCUCAGAAGACCGAGGCUCAACACGUAGCCUGCAGACAGGCGUAGGAGAGCUGAUGGGAAACACGCGCUUCUGGCACGGCAAAGACUACUGCAACUUCGUCUACAAAGACUGGGUCCAACUGGAGAAACCUUUUGAUGAUUUUAUCGACAGGUACACAACCCCUAGGAUGCCCUGGCAUGAUAUCUCCUCAGUGGUUCACGGGAAGGCGGCUCGCGAUGUGGCAAGACAUUUCAUCCAGCGCUGGAACUUCACAAAGAUCAUGAAGCCAAAGUACAGGUCGCUCUCUCACCCAUUUUUACUGCCCAAAUCACACACCACAGCCAGUGAACUGAGAUACCAAGUGCCAGGGUGCGUUCAGGCUAAAGUGCAGGUGCUGCGCUCUGCUGCUGAUUGGUCUGCUGGUAUAAAGUACCACGAGGAGUCCAUCCACAACGCCUACCUGCAGGUCAUCGCCAAGAGCAAGCACUUCAUCUACAUCGAGAACCAGUUCUUCAUUAGCUGUGCUGAUGGCAGGCAGGUCUACAACAAGAUCGGCGACGCUCUCAUCGAGAGGAUCCUCAGAGCUCACAAGGAGAAUAAGAAGUUCCGUGUGUACGUGGUGACGCCACUGUUGCCAGGCUUCGAGGGUGACAUCACCACAGGCGGUGGCAACGCCCUUCAGGCCGUCAUGCAUUUCAACUACAGAACCAUGAACAGAGGAGACCAUUCCAUCAUCUCCCAGCUGAAGAAAGAGAUGGAUAACCAGUGGAUGAACUACAUCUCCUUUGCUGGCCUGCGCACACAUGCUGAACUGCAGGGGCACUUAGUGACGGAGCUCAUCUACGUCCACAGCAAGAUGCUCAUCGCCGACGACAACACAGUCAUCAUCGGCUCGGCCAACAUCAAUGACCGCAGCAUGCUGGGGAAGCGGGACAGCGAGGUGGCGGUGAUCGUGGAGGACACGGAGACCGUGCCCUCGGUCAUGGACGGACAGGAGUACCAGGCGGGGAAGUUUGCCCUGGGGCUCAGGCUGGAGUGCUUCAAAACGAUCCUGGGUGCUUUCUCCGACCCCACCAUCGACGUGUCCGACCCAAUCAGCGAUCACUUCUACAAGGAGGUCUGGAUGACCGUAUCGGGACGGAACGCCACCAUUUAUGAGAAGGUGUUCAACUGUCUGCCGUCCAGCCUGGUCAGGAACAUGCAGGAGCUGAUGGAGUUCAAGACGAAGACGGGGCUGGACAAAGAGGACCCAGCCAAGGCUCAGGAGCUGCUGAAGAAGAUCCGCGGCUUCCUCGUCCAGUUCCCCCUGGAGUUCCUCAGCGAGGAGAACCUCACGCCCUCCGUGGGAACCAAAGAGGCCAUGGCGCCCACAGAACUCUGGACCUGAGUCUGACCACUCCUGGCCCUCACCGGACUACCACUGACACUAUAGGGAAGGGAAUCUUCCGGAACAUUUCCACUGCACUGCUUUUCUGAGCAAUGAAUGACUCCUCCAGUGAAGCUCUGUAAUAAUAAGUGCCUUGUCAGAAACAAAUGAUUUGUACAAUUCUUUUGUCAUUUUAUAAAUGACAUGUAUUUAUAUGUCAGAAUCCCUUAAAGCAACACAGUGUGGUUAUUUUAUCUUUACCUUACAAUAAUGGCUUUAAACUUAUGUUGAUGAUGCCACACUGACUUACAGUAUGGACGAUGGACUCUCUGCUAUGUCUUGGCUGAUGACCGCUAUUGCACUACGGGACUUUGUGACUCUGUUGUCGCGGGUAGGACCAUGACCCUUGUCGCCGCUUUUUAAUGAGUUGUGUUUCCCCCUUAUUGCUGAAUGAGUGUAGCCUGGCUAACACCUACCACUUCUCAAAUGAGACGUGGUCUGGCAACCAGACGUUCAUUUUCUCGUAUUUGAAAAAAUGCCCAGAUCCGUUCAUUGGGCGCCACGGAUGUCUAUCAAAUGCGCAUAGCUCACCCAACUCGUUCGUAUGCAACGCUAAGGGCUGCCAUUGACAUCAGUGUAAAUCCUUUGGCGUCGAAUGUAGACGCAAGAAGGCAACGGAAACUUCUCGGAUGUUCUGUGAUUGGUUCGCCAACAUCAGGCGAACAUUUGGGCGUUAGUUUCCAGACUGGCUUAGCAGCGGGAUUGAAAUCACCGCGCAAGGCAGUAUGGGAAAACCCAGGCUAGAAUGAGUGCCUAGUACAUUGAUAAUGGACAAAGAGGGGAAUUCCUACGUUCAGGUCACCUUAAACCUGGUGACAAGGGGAGAUAUGACUAUCCCAUCCCACAUAGCACCCUCUGUCUUUUGGAAAGGGAAUCUGGACAUGUUUCAUCAGGAAUGCUGAUGUAACUGACCUCCAAGGACUUUUACACCAUGGCCCUCGGACUUUAGAAAUGCAUUCACUUUAGGAAGCAGUAACGGUAGGCUACUCAAAGCAACUUGUUUAUUGCUCUUCACUCCUCUGUAUUGAAGUGAUUGGGACAAGUCAUCUCCAGUGUAGAACCCAGCUGUAAAACCAAAACUUCUUCCUAAAGGGAUAUCAUGCUUCGCUCUCUCGCCACCCUUCUCUCUGUGAACGUGGACAGGAUUUGAGAGAUCUAGAGUAGACAAUCUGCCCGUGAUAGGUGGGAAGUGCUGAACCGCGCUGAUGCAAUCCAAGCUCCAUCCAAUGGUGGGCAACACAGACUGCAAGCCCAGAUUCCCUGAGCUCCAAUUCUGGUCCUUCUAUUCUGUAUCACUCAUCUGUUUACAAGCAGUCAUUCCACUGCCUCUCUCUCUCUCUCUCUCUCUCUCUCUCUCUCUCUCUCUCUCUCUCUCUCUCUGUCUCACUCUGUGGUCCAUUGAUUUGUUAUUUCUGUGAUGUACGUUAGUCAUUUUAAGACACCACUCUUCAAAGUCAGAUAAGCAGUUCUUUAUUGUUUCUUUACUUCACAUUGACAGCACAACAAUCCGUCACUCAAGUGUAAUAAAGCGAACCGCUCUUUAUUCUCACAAUUUUA